CGGGCGAUCGCGGCGCGGGGGGCCCUUCGAGGUUGCCUCCCCCCACAUCUACCCUGCCGCGCGAGGGUUCGCCUCCAGACCCAGCCUCUGACGCCGGAUCCCCGUCCACCCCAGAGCCGCAGACCGCCCCCCGCCCCCGGCGCCCGGCGGACCUGGGCCUCGGGUGAACGGGGCGAGGGGAGGAGGGGGUGGGGGUCCCCGGAGCGGAGAGGACGCGCGCGGCUCUGGGGACAGAGGUCCGGGAGCCGCGGCCUCGGGGGGCGCAGAGCGCACGGAGCUGAGGCCGGCAGCCAGGAAGCAAGCUUAGCUGCAGAUCCUCAGGCUUUGAAAAAGCCUCAGUCCCACCAGGGAGCAGAGUGAUGGCCGGGGCAAUGGUGGGCACCCCGAAGAUGUCCGAUGGCUACUGAAGGGACUAUCCAGUCAGGGAACCGAGUGGCGGGCAUGGUGUACAGCCUGUGGAUCCUGGUCCUGGGGCCCUCAGUUCUGGCUCUGGAAGAGGUGCUGCUGGACACCACAGGAGAGACCUCUGAGAUCGGCUGGCUCACCUCCCCACCAGGUGGAUGGGACGAGGUGAGCGUUCUUGAUGACCAGCGGCGCCUGACAAGGACCUUCGAGGCAUGCCACGUGGCGGGGGCCCCUCCCGGCACUGCCCAGGACAAUUGGUUGCAGACACACUUCGUGGAGCGGCGAGGGGCUCAGAGGGUCCACAUCCGACUGCACUUCUCCGUGAGGGCAUGCUCCAGCCUGGGUGUGAGUGGGGGUGCCUGCCGGGAGACCUUCACCCUGUACUACCGCCAGGCCGAGGAGCCAGACAGCCUGGACAGCGUUUCAGCCUGGCAUCUCAAGCGCUGGACCAAGGUGGACACUAUUGCUGCCGAUGAGAGCUUUCCAGCCUCAUCGUCCUCCUUCACCUCCUCCUCCUCCUCCUCCACGUGGACCGUGGGACCUCACAGGACCCAUCAGCGCGCUGGGCUACAGUUGAAUGUCAAAGAGCGGAGCUUUGGGCCUCUGACCCAGCGUGGUUUCUACGUAGCCUUUCAGGACACCGGGGCCUGCCUGGCCCUUGUCGCAGUCAAGUUGUUCUCCUACACCUGCCCGACUGUUCUCCGUGCCUUUGCCUCCUUCCCUGAGACCCAGGCCAGUGGAGCUGGGGGGGCCUCCCUGGUGGCAGCCGUGGGCACCUGCGUGGCUCACGCAGAGCCCGAGGAGGAUGGAGUAGGGGGCCAGGCAGGGGGCAGCCCCCCCAGGCUGCACUGUAACGGGGAAGGCAAGUGGAUGGUGGCUGUCGGGGGCUGCCGCUGCCAGCCUGGCCACCAGCCUGUGCGUGGAGACAAGAUCUGCCAAGCCUGCCCCAGGGGUUCCUAUAAGGCCUUGGCGGGGAAUGCCCCCUGCUCUCCAUGCCCCAUCCGUAGCCACGCCCCUGACCCUGCCGCUCCUGUGUGCCCCUGCCUCCAGGGCUUCUACAGGGCCAGUUCUGACCCCCCAGAAGCCCCCUGUACUGGCCCUCCAUCGGCUCCCCGAGAACUGUGGUUCGAGGUACAAGGCUCAGCGCUCAUGCUUCACUGGCGUUUGCCCCAGGAGUUGGGGGGCCGAGGAGACCUGCUCUUCAAUGUCGUGUGCAAGGAAUGCGGGGACCACCCGGAGGGUGGCGGCGGGGCCACAUGUCGCCGCUGCAGGGACGAGGUGCAUUUUGACCCCCGCCAGAGGGGCCUGACCGAGAGCCGAGUGUUAGUCGGGGGGCUCCGAGCACAUGUCCCCUACAUCUUGGAAGUGCAGGCUGUCAACGGGGUGUCGGAGCUCAGCCCUGACCCACCCCAGGCCGCAGCCAUCAAUGUCAGCACCAGCCACGAAGUCCCCUCUGCAGUCCCCGUGGUACAUCAGGUGAGCCGGGCGGCCAGCAGCAUCACCGUGUCCUGGCCACAGCCUGACCAGACAAACGGGAAUAUCCUAGACUACCAGCUCCGCUACUAUGACCAGGCAGAAGAUGAAUCUCACUCCUUCACCCUGACCAGCGAGACCAACACUGCCACUGUGACACGGCUGAGCCCUGGGCACAUCUAUGGUUUCCAGGUGCGGGCACGGACUGCAGCUGGCCACGGACCCUAUGGGGGAAAAGUCUAUUUUCAGACACUGCCUCAAGGUGAGCUGUCCUCUCAGCUUCCAGAGAAGCUGUCCUUGGUGAUUGGCUCUAUCCUGGGGGCCUUGGCCUUCCUCCUGCUGGCAGCCAUCACCGUGCUGGCGGUCAUCUUCCAGCGGAAGCGCCGUGGGACCGGCUACACGGAGCAACUACAGCAGUACAGCAGUCCAGGACUUGGGGUCAAGUAUUACAUUGACCCCUCGACCUAUGAGGACCCCUGCCAGGCCAUCCGAGAACUUGCCCGAGAGGUGGACCCCGCGUAUAUCAAGAUUGAGGAGGUCAUUGGGGCAGGGUCCUUCGGAGAAGUGCGUCGAGGCCGCCUGCAGCCACGGGGAAGGCGGGAACAGGCCGUGGCCAUCCAGGCCCUGUGGGCUGGGGGUGCAGAGAGCCUACAGAUGACCUUCCUUGGCCGGGCUGCACUGCUGGGCCAGUUCCAGCACCCCAACAUCCUGCGGCUGGAGGGCGUAGUCACCAAGAGCCGGCCUCUCAUGGUGCUGACAGAGCUCAUGGAGCUCGGACCCCUGGACAGCUUCCUCAGGCAACGGGAGGGCCAGUUCAGCAGCCUGCAGCUGGUGGCCAUGCAGAGGGGGGUGGCCGCCGCCAUGCAGUACCUGUCCAGCUUUGCCUUCGUGCACCGCGCCCUCUCUGCCCAAAGCGUGCUCGUGAAUAGCCACCUGGUGUGCAAAGUGGCCCGCCUGGGUUACCAUCCUCAGGGUCCGAGUUCUCUGCUGCGCUGGGCCGCGCCCGAGGUCAUCACGCACGGGAAGCACAGCACGGCCAGCGAUGUCUGGAGCUUUGGGAUCCUCAUGUGGGAAGUGAUGAGCUAUGGGGAACGGCCUUACUGGGACAUGACUGAGCAGGAGGUACUAAAUGCAAUAGAACAGGAGUUCCGGCUGCCCCCACCUCCAGGUUGUCCACCCGGACUACAUCUGCUGAUGCUUGACACAUGGCAGAAGGAUCGUGCCCGGAGGCCUCACUUUGACCAACUGGUCGCCGCCUUUGACAAGAUGAUCCGCAAGCCAGACACCUUGCAAGCAGAUGGGGCCCCCGGGGACAGACCUUCCCAGGCGCUCCUGAAUCCCGUGGCUCUGGACUUCCCUUGCCUGGACUCACCCCAGGCCUGGCUCUCGGCCAUUGGGCUGGAGUGCUAUCAGGACAACUUCUCCAAGUUCGGCCUUUGCACCUUCAGCGAUGUGGCUCAGCUGAGUCUGGAAGACCUGCCUGCCCUGGGCAUCACCCUGGCUGGCCACCAGAAGAAGCUGCUACACAACAUCCAGCUCCUCCAGCAGCACCUGAGACAGCCAGGUUCGGUAGAGGUGUGAGUGAGGCCCGGGCAGGAAGCCGAGAGCCAGCGAUGCUAUGGCCCAGGACUGGAUUCAGGGCCAUAGAGACAUGAGUGAGAUAGAAGCCAGGAUCCAUGUUGAACCCUUCGCCUGGACAGGACGUCCAGUCAUCUGGACGCUGCAUUCCCCAGCCCCAGCCUCUCCCACAUUAAAGAAAAAGAAGGGAAUUUACAAGCUCA